AUGAAACAGUACAUUCCAGAUAGUUUGUCUGAUAAAGUUAUCAAGUUCUACCGAGAAAACACAACCAAGUAUGUAAUACAUAAGACGACCAAUUACACGUCAGGAACAGCAUCUCAUAAAGAGAAGCAGAAGGUGCAUAACCACGAAUUGUGUGUAAUUACAGAUGAACUAGACAUGGAAAUGUCCAUACCGCUCUUCAUGAUGCUUCUGCAUGAAUACAGAGAGCAAUAG